AUUAUAUUUUCAAAAUCGAAUUCAAGUACCUUUUAGUCAAGAUACUAUUUUAAAAAAACUUGGAUUAAUUUUAAUGUUUACAAAUAAACUCCAGGAAAUAACACAAAAUAAUCAACCAGUCAAUCAAAAAAUUACUCAACUUCAAAAUCAAUAUGAUACUUCUCAAGGAAUUUUAAAUUUAACACGAACCGCUUUUACAAAUGAACAGCAAGAAUGUCAUUGA